AGAGAGAGAGAGAGAGAGAGAGAGAGAGAGAGAGAGAGAGAGCUCCUUAACUCCAGUGAUUCCCAGACUGGCUGGCAGUAAGCUCUGUGCUCUGAUCUGCCCGCUCUGAUGGGGUUUCAUGCCUGUGCAGGCAGUGUUGGGGAUCCUGAGGGCAACACAGGUUUCUGCUGCUGAUCUCGGCCUCUCUAAUUCCUACGUAUUGAUCAUAUCAGCCUGCACAGAUGAGAGUCAGGACAGCUAAUCUCAACCUACUCACGGCUAAUGGAUCAUCAACCAAUAACAGCCACUAGAAUCCAAAAAGGGAGCUAAAAGAAGAUCGAACGCAAGCGGCCCAAGGACGACUGGCAGAUAUGAGAGUGGUACUGGCGUGUGCCCUCCUCUCCCUCCUCUCUUUGUCACAUGCCUGUCCAAAGGAGUGUAGCUGCAACAGCAACACCAAAGUAGUUGACUGCCGGGGUCGGGGCCUAUAUGACAUCCCCAGACGACUGCAUCCGGACACCCAAGAACUAUAUCUCCAAGAUAACCGUAUCAGGGGGCUGGGAUCUAUGGCAUUCCGAGAAAUACCACUCGUCCGCAUUCUCGAUCUAUCCAAUAACUCUAUAACAACUGUUUCGCCGACUGCACUGCUGGGUCUCAGAACUCUACAGCGCCUAAGCCUGGCCUACAACAGCCUGAGAGAGCUCGACAAGCGGUUGCUUGGGCCUAUCCGCUCGCUUUCACACCUUGACCUCUCACACAACAGCCUGUGGGGUUUGCCUGGAGCCAUUGGGGACAGUUUGAGGAACCUUAGCCAUCUGGGGCUAGCGCACAACAAGCUAACUCGAUUGGACCGAUCCCUUUUGGAGGUCCUUACCCAGCUGGAGAGCAUCACACUACGAAGCAACCCCUGGAGGUGUGACUGCCAGCUCAUAGGCCUCAAACUCUGGCUGGAGACCUACCUCUUUAAAGGUGGAGUGGUGGAUGAGGUGCUUUGCUCCCAGCCAGAGGAAAUGAAGGGUACAGACCUGCAGAAGGUCCCUUACCAGCUCUUCCACACCUGCAUGACGACCAGCUACCAUUACCUGUUUGCUAAUAUACACCACCUGGAGAAUGAGAGGCUACUGCGAGGCCACACCCAUGGUAACCAUGCCCAUCCCUCUAUCCACGCUGUCCAUGUCCCCAUGGCAAUAGGGGAGGGCUUUGGUGGAGGGGGAGGAGGAGGAGGGGGUUUGCCAGAGUGUGAACCUAAGCAGAGGCAUCGGCCUGUCAACUUGCGCCAUGCAAUUGCCACAGUGAUCAUCACCGGCGUAGUGUGUGGGAUUGUGUUUCUGAUGAUGCUGGCUGCAGCAGUGUACGGUUGCGCCUACGCCGCUAUCAUGGCCAAAUACCAACGGGAGCUUAAGAAGAACGAGGAGUUGGCAGCAGCGAAGGGGGCAGUUCAUGCCAAAGCAGAUGAGAAGGAACCACUGGAGAAUGCUAUCGCCUAGGAGAUGAUAUCUUGAACCCUGGACUUAAAACCUGGGCCUCAACCCUUUAACCUGUGUGUUAGUGCAUGUGUGAGAGAAAAGAAGCGAGUGAGAUUCUUUAAGUGAGGGUGUGUGUGCGUGUGUGUGUAUGUCCACCUCCUUUCUGAGACUUUGGUAGCUAAACUCCACAGGUAUUUGACUAUGCACUGAUGAGAAGAGUAUCUUCUGUUGUAUGCGGGUUUGAGGGGAAGGCCAAAGAAUCCAAAAGGAAUCAAUUCCAUUUUGUCUGAGAAAUGCAUAUCACAGAUCGGAACAAAUGGCUAUAUAUUUAUAAUUGUGUAGGUAUAAUAGUAAAGCUCUGGUAUUUAAAAAAAAAAAUGGAUUUCAGAAUUUGUUGUCUUUUGGUUUGUUGUUCAUAACUUUGAGUCUGAAUUUGAGGUCAUUUUGAAAACUCAUCGUAGGCAGCUGCUGUCAGUUAAGUUCUGUUCUACGUUGUUUGUAUCAUUGACGUGAGCGCAUGAGAACAAGAGUGAGAGAGUUUGUGUCAGUGUUUCAUUUGUGUUUGAGUGUGCGUGUGGAGAUGUAUACUGUAUGCACAUAUUUAUAGAGAAUUUAAGAGUCUGUGCCUAAUAAUAUGAUAUAGUUCUGCAGAGGAAAUACAGUGUGUUUUCUUAAAGGAUAUUUUUCUGACAACUGAAGUGAAGAUGGGAAAUUCGUUAAAGCAAUAAUGACACAAACUAAAACGAAAACAACAACAAAACUUGGACUCAGCCUUGUUGUUUUUCUAUGACUUUACAGGUUUAUGAGCUUGAUUUAUCAUCCUGCUGCACACAGUCGCACACAGUCACACACACAAACUUUUAGAUCUAGAGUUUUUCAGAUCAGUUGAGUCUUGUUUGUGAGUUAAUGCUGAUCACAUAAUGGUAGUCAUGUCAUUCAGUAUGUAUUAUAUAAAAUAAAGGGAAACACCUGAUUAUUAUAUGUCUACCGGCCACUAAUUUGCGAAGGCAUGCAUCCUUGAUUGGAGAAAGUAUCUUUAAAAUAUUCACUUUGGAGUGGAUUCUACUGUUUAAUUGUACUUCUCUUUGUUUCACAAAUGGUUAAGUUUUUUAAAUAAUAACUCAACUUAAUGCUCUAUUCUGGAAACCAAUUCCCAUCUAAUGGAGCUAUACAACCUUUGGUAAACAGAACACGUCACAGAUAGAAAAAACUAUUUCUCAAAAAAGCAGGAAAAUAUCCCUCAUUUAAAGUGUUACUGUAGUGAUAUUGUAAUUAGUAGAAAUGCAGUUUAAUGUCUUGCUGGCACACUGACUUUUUUGGUUAAUCAAGUUUCCUUUGAAUCAUUAUUACAUCCAAAAACCUGACAAGAGAGAAGCACAUACAUAUUUCUAUGAAAAUAUUGUGGAUCAUACUUGGUAUAAGAGAUACAUUUGCAUCUAUGUAUGUUCGAAUAUUGCCCAAACUUCUUUUUUUCCCCCCGCUGGAGUUCAAUGGUACUAUUACAAGGGAUUUAUUUUGUAUUAUAUAAUGCAACAGCAGCUAAAUAUUAUUCCUGUCUCUUGAUUAUUUUAAUAUUUAUAAAAUAUCACAGAGAGGAUAUUCACGCAAUGUUAUUAGAUUAUAUUAGAAAUGUAGCUUAUUGUGUACAUUACAGGCAACCAUUAUUAUUAUCUAUAUAUCGGUAAUUUGCCAUCUGCAGUCAUUUUAAGCUUUUUCAGUGUAGUGUGUGGGCACAUGAAUGUACACAGAUGCCUUUGGUCUUAACGCCUGACCUGAGAUUUGUGGCUCUGUAUUUUACGGCAGCAGACUCGCUGCACGUGGCUAAGGAUGUGACCACAAAAACUGACAUACACACGCGCGCGCACACGCAAACAGACACGCUGGAAUACACAUGCAUGUAUGUACGAACACGGUAACAUUGUGACUCAAGCGAUGUCUGCAGGGGCCAUGGUGUGUGAUGUCAUCAGCCUGUCCUGUUCAGUUAGUGUAUUAGCGUAUUCACAAGUCUACAGCUCAGUGGAGCGCAGGGCAGUGAAAACUGGCCCUAACCGGCCCACGCUAAAUUUGCAUUCAAGCCUACAUCUCUCCUCCCAUCUGACUCUCUUAUAUAAAAUCACCCUUACGAGCAUCCCCCGAUCUGACAAGCAUGAUCGUAAUUAUUGUACAUCAGCACCCAGUGUAACAAUAGGGUAUUCAUGAAACCUUGUUACUGAUUAGUCAUUUGGAUUGCUGCUAAACAGGAUUUGUGAGAAUGAUAUUAUCUUGAAACAAUGGUGAUCAAGUCAACAAUGUCAAAUAAUACCGUGGGCUGGUGUAAACUGUGGGAUGCUUGUGUAGCUCUCUGCUAGAAAUCUGAUGCAUGCUCUAUGUGUGUGUGUGUGUGUGUGUGUGUGUGUGUGUGUGUGUGUUUGUGUGUGCGCGCAUUGUGGCACCACACAGACUCUCCCAUCUCUGUCCUUCUGCUCCAGUGGUUUCCCCCAGGCCAAGAGUACCCACAAUGCACUGCUUUCAUGUCAACGCAUUCAGGCACCGUGAAAUAAUUUUCUCUUUCUCUGCCCUUUUAUUUCUUCUCUUAUUUUAUCACUGCAUUUCCAAAAGAUUUUCCUCUUUCUUCAAUUUUUCUUUCCUCUGUCCAGAUAUCUUUCUGUGAUUCCCCUACUGGCAUCUCUGGCCCUCGUCUGUCGACAAGAGAAACGUACAUAGAUAAUCAUCAGCAGAAGCUUUUAAUAUAAGGCAAAUGUUGUGCUCCAUAUUGGUGCUUGGCACAUACGUAUGUUGGGCGGAGGAAAAGGAUUGAAAUACUUCACAUACUGUACACAAUAUUAGAACAUAAUUACUUGCACAUUCAAGAUAUUUGUACAGGGUACUACAGCUAUCAAUGUUCAAUACAGUAGGACACGACUUCUAAAAAUGAGGAUGCAGAGGAUAAACAUAAAGAGUGUUGGCGGCACCUUAUGGCAAAGCAUAGCUGCCUGAGGAAUGCCAUCGAGCCCCAAAAACAUUGUCUACAUAACAGCAUAUUUUAACCAAUUUGUAUGUUUGUAUUUUGCUCGACGUGUCCGUUUGAAAAUCAGAAGCUGUAAUAAAGAUUUGACAUUUUUGCAAACAA